CUUUAAAUUAAUUUAAAAUUUUUGAGAAUGGAAAAUAAUGAUAAGUGUGAGUACAAAGGCUGACCUCUACGAGCUCUUUAUGACUUACAAGAAGAUGAGAUUGCCCUCUGCAUUCAUCAUCGACUGGCACCUGAGUAUGAGCGCAAGUCAGCAAGUCUAAAGAGCGACCAGGUACAAUCAGAAGGAGUCCUUUCAGAGGAAUAUUUCAGGGCAACUACAAGAGAUGGACUCUUUCAAGAAGUUUUAAAAGACUUGAGCUCCAGCAGUACUACCUAUGACUAUAUAGAAUGUAUUUGGGGGAGAUUUACUGACCAUAUCAGAGAGCUUAUCCAACUUUGUCCUAAUCAUCCGUUCAACUUUGAACCCCAAAGCACAACUUUUGACGAGAAACAACUUCUUGGCACUCCUCUCCUCACAUUUCCUCUGCAUCUAAGCCAUCUUGCCCCAGCUGACUCCCAGUAAGUGCAGGCCAGUGGCCUUCUACUUUGUUAAACAAGCCGGCACAAAUAUCUAACAAGAAUUGUCUAUACAAACAGUGUCACAUGGAAAAUUGUACUAUGAAAGCAUUAUUUUGCUCAAAAUUAUCAGAGGAAUAUCUCUGAAUAGUCCACAGAUUUGAUCCAGAACACACAAAAUUUGAACAAUUCUCUCUGGAAUAUUCUGUCGAAGGAGAGGAUAUAAUAUACAUUGAAUCAAUAGUGGAGCAGAUCAUCGAGGAAUUCAAGCAGUGCUUAGGCUCUCCUUCAGAGAAUAAGAUUGAAAAGCAUUUUGCUCAAAAUGGCUACACAAUUCCUACUUCCAAAAUCUUACUGAGAAAACUUCUCAAUCUUUCUGUGUAUCUUUCCAGAGCAAUAAUCUGGAUGAAAAACAAAAAGAGUCCAUCAGAGAAAUACCUUGACGAUGCAACUUUAGCAAGCCUAAUUGCUCCCUCCAAUGAUAUCUUAACAGAUUUGUCAAAACAGGAAACAAAGAUUAUUAAUGACAAAGAGUUUGAAGGACAUCAGUUAGUCAGAUACUAUCAAAAUGAGAAUUGAUCAGUACUAGAAUGCAUUAGGCUACUUGCUUGACCAAGACGGUUCUUCCCUUGAAAUAGCUCAUGAGGAAUCAAAGGGUCAGAACGAAAAUAUAAGCUCAUACCUUGGUCAUACUAUCACUGAGGAGAAAGGAGAAGAGUUCUCAGAGACCGAACAGAGCCAUCUUGCUUCAGACAUCUCAGAUUUGCAUGAAGUUUCCCAACCUGAGCAAAAUAAUAGCUCUAGUUGACAACUCUCUGGGAAAAAGAGGAACCAGUCGGACUAUUUUAUUUCUGAAAGCUCUCGAAAGAGGUCCAAGAAUGAGAACAGUUUAUCAAAGUCAAAGCAUGAAUCUACAUAUUCAAUUUGACCUAAAGAAGGUGGCAAUAAGUAUUCUAUUCAUAGCUCUGGGGAGGAAGAAUCUUCCUCCAUGACUAUAAAAGAGGAACAAAAAGACCCAGGAAGCGAACAUUAUAAUUUUGAAACGAAAAAUAUGACAUCAAAUAAAUCUAAGAGACUUCAAAUUAGUUGAGGAAGCAACCAGGAUAAGCCAAUGAAGAGUAUCUCAAGGCCUAGUAACACUAAGCAAGUUAAGACUAAAAGCAAUAAGAUUGAAGAAAAUCAGACUGCUAAGAUGGAGGGAGCUUUACCUUCCCAGCCACUUAUCACAAUCGAAGAAGAGAAGCAACCUGUAACCGUAGAUGACCCAAGGAAGGAUUCUCUCUUCCAAGUACAAGCUUUGCAGAUGCCCAUAGCACAAAUAUCAAAAUUUGAUGAAAGUGUAAAUACUUACGAUCACACAAUCCAUGAAGAAUUUUGGAGAUUAUAUUCAUGUAUAGUCCAUGGAGUAGAUUCCUUCAAUAAAGAGGCUGAACAUGAUGUACUAUACCUAAAAACAGAUGAUCCAUUGCAGAUUAAGUUCAUAAAGGCGUUACACCCAAGAGGCGCAAACCUUAAAGAGAUCGUAAUAUUUAAACCAGAAGAACAGCUUGACGCCAUAAUCGACUUUCUUAGUAACAAGUUUCCGGAAAAGGUACAAAAGCUCAUGCUCAAUGUUGAAGAUACUCAAAAAGUUACCAGUGAGUUUCUGAAAUCAAUCUCCAUCGCUUCUAAAAGCGUCACAGAUAUAUACCUUAAGAAACUCGUGCUAGGAGAACCUGAGGUACUACAGAUGUUUCCCUCUUUCAAGAACCUCAAGACCCUCACAAUGGCUCUAUGUAAGAUUAAUUUACAACACAUUCCUGAUUUUGGGACUAGUCUGGAAGGAAGCACACUGCAAAUAUUAACCCUUCGCUACCUUCCUUCCAAUCUUGAAUUUGGAGAAGAAGACCCGAGCAUUUUGAACCUAUUUAAAGGGCUUUGAAAACAUGGAGGUCUGAAUAAUAACAUCAAUUACUGUGAACAGAGCCGGUGCCUGGAAACAGAAGAUUAUUGAUGUGCUUGACGAAUAUGGAAUACUAGGCAAGAUCAAAGAAUAUAAUCUGAACAUUAUAUAAUUU